AUGGCACACUACCGGCGCACGCUAGCAAAACUAUGCUUUCCCUUCACUCUCUGAUUACGAUUCUCCUCUUUCUCUGUCUAUCAAGGCCCAUCCCCUUCUUAUCAUGCGCACCAGUCCCACCUCUAUUCUACAUUUCUACUUUCGCUCCACUCCAGCCCUAGGGUUUUCACUUCUUUGUCUCGUUCUUUCUUCUAAAUUCUCGGCUCUCCAUGCUCUUCACAAACCUAGGGUUUCACUUCUUGUGUUUCUUUUCACAUUACCUUCACAACGCAAUUCAUGGAACCCAAGCCCCACCCCAACAACGGCUUCUCCUUCUCGAAUCUCUUCAAUCUUGAGUCUUUGAUGAACUUUCAACUCCCACAACAAGAUGAUGAUUUUGAUUAUUAUGGGAAUAGUAGUCAGGAUGAGAGCAGAGGUAGCCAAGGUGGAACAAUGGGAGACUAUCACAAUGGAAUUAUGUCUGAGCGAGAAUUGAGCUUGGUGAGUAAGAAGAGACGGUCUCAAAACAGUGAGGACGAGGAAGAGGACGGUAAUUACAGCACCUUCAUUUCAGAGGAGCGGUAUCGGUCAAUGCUUGGAGAACACAUUCAGAAAUAUAAGAGGAGGUUUAAAGAUCCCUCACCAAGCCCUGCUCCGGCACGGAUGGGGGUUUCAGUUCCAAAAAGUACUUUAGGCUCCAAAACGAGGAAGUUGGGGAAUGAGCACAGAGGAGGUUUGCAUGAAGUUGAAACCCCGUCUGAGUGGCUUGCUGACGUUGGUCCUCAAAAGAUGGUUGGCUUUCAUGAUGCGGAUUUUGCACCAGAAUAUGGCACUUCUAGAACGAUCUAUGAAUCAUCUUAUUUGGAUAUUGGGGAGGGCAUCGCUUAUAGGAUCCCACCAGCUUAUGAAAAAUUGGCUGUUACACUAAACUUGCCAACCUUCUCAGAUAUACGGGUGGAGGAAUAUUACUUAAAGAGCACCCUAGAUUUAGGUUCCUUAGCAGAAAUGAUGACCGCUGAUAAGAGAUUUGGGCCUAAAAGCCGAGCAGGGAUGGGUGAGCCUCAGUCCCAGUAUGAAUCACUUCAGGCGAGAUUGAGGGCCUUGUCAUCUUCUAAUUCAGUCCAGAAGUUCAGUCUGAAAGUAUCUGAUAUUGCACUAAAUUCAUCCUCCAUCCCAGAAGGGGCUGCUGGAAGUAUACAGCGGUCUAUUUUGUCAGAGGGUGGUGCAUUGCAGGUGUACUAUGUGAAGGUCUUGGAGAAAGGAGACACUUAUGAGAUCAUUGAACGAAGUUUACCAAAGAAGCAAAAGGUAAAGAAGGACCCAUCUAUGAUCGAGAAAGAGGAAAUGGAGAGGAUUGGAAAAGUUUGGGUAAACAUUGUAAGAAGAGACAUACCAAAGCAUCAGAGAAUAUUUAUUAAUUUCCAUCGAAAGCAACUAAUUGAUGCCAAAAGGUUCUCAGAAAACUGUCAACGAGAGGUGAAACUGAAGGUGAGCAGAUCACUUAAAUUGAUGAGGGGUGCUGCAAUCCGCACGAGGAAACUUGCUAGAGAUAUGCUUGUAUUUUGGAAAAGAGUGGAUAAAGAGAUGGCAGAAUUGAGGAAGAAAGAGGAAAGAGAAGCUGCAGAAGCUUUGAGGCGUGAACAGGAACUUCGAGAAGUGAAGAGACAACAGCAAAGGCUCAAUUUUCUGAUAACACAAACGGAGCUGUUCAGUCACUUCAUGCAGAACAAGGCAACUUCACAGCCCUCUGAAGCUUUACCUGUCGAUGGUGAAAAACCGAAGGACCAGGAACUGCUUGUAAGCUCUUCAGAUGAUGUUCCUGGAGAAGAACAAGAUCCUGAGGAUGAUGAAUUGAAGAAGGAAGCUCUGAAAGCUGCUCAAGAUGCAGUUUCUAAGCAGAAAAGGUUAACUAGUGCAUUUGAUAAUGAAUGUUUGAAGCUGCGCCAAGCUGCUGAACCUGAGGUCCCUUCACCGGAUGCAUCUGGUGCUGCAGGUUCUAGUAACAUAGAUCUACUGCACCCCUCCACCAUGCCAGUGGCAUCAUCUGUGCAGACGCCAGAGUUGUUUAAAGGUUCUCUUAAAGAAUAUCAGCUAAAAGGCCUUCAGUGGCUGGUUAAUUGUUAUGAGCAGGGUCUAAACGGUAUUCUUGCCGAUGAGAUGGGCCUGGGAAAGACUAUCCAGGCAAUGGCAUUCUUGGCUCAUUUGGCAGAGGAAAAGAAUAUAUGGGGGCCUUUUCUGGUUGUUGCACCUGCUUCUGUCUUGAACAACUGGGCUGAUGAAAUUAGCCGCUUCUGCCCUGACUUGAAAACUCUUCCAUAUUGGGGAGGGCUUCAAGAACGAAUGAUACUUAGGAAAAACAUCAAUCCAAAGCGUUUAUAUAGAAGGGAGGCAGGAUUUCACAUUCUCAUCACCAGUUACCAACUGUUGGUGUCUGAUGAGAAGUAUUUCCGACGUGUGAAAUGGCAGUAUAUGGUAUUGGAUGAAGCUCAGGCAAUCAAAAGCUCAAACAGUAUAAGGUGGAAGACACUGCUCAGUUUUAAUUGUCGAAAUCGGUUACUCCUGACUGGUACGCCUAUCCAGAAUAACAUGGCUGAAUUGUGGGCCCUUCUACAUUUCAUUAUGCCUACCUUAUUUGACAGCCAUGAACAAUUCAAUGAAUGGUUUUCAAAGGGAAUUGAGAAUCAUGCUGAGCACGGGGGGACGUUAAAUGAGCACCAGCUCAACAGAUUGCAUGCAAUUUUGAAGCCCUUCAUGCUGCGGCGGGUUAAGAAAGAUGUGGUUUCUGAGCUUACAGGCAAAACAGAGGUUACAGUGCAUUGCAAGUUGAGUUCUCGGCAACAAGCUUUCUAUCAAGCUAUAAAGAAUAAGAUAUCUCUUGCUGAGUUGUUUGAUGGUAAUCGUGGGCACCUUAAUGAGAAGAAAAUUCUCAAUUUAAUGAAUAUUGUUAUUCAGUUGAGAAAGGUUUGCAACCAUCCAGAGUUGUUUGAAAGGAAUGAGGGAAGCACAUACCUUUAUUUUGGAGAGAUUCCAAAUUCUCUUCUUCCCCCACCCUUUGGGGAGUUGGAGGACAUGCACUACGCAGGAGCUCAGAAUCCUAUUACAUACAAGGUGCCAAAACUCGUCCACCAAGAAGUAAUGCAAAGUUCCGGGAUCAUUUCCUCAACAGCUCGGCGCGGUGUUCAUAGAGAAACAUUUCUGAAGCAUUUUAAUAUAUUUUCCCCAGUAAAUAUUUAUCAGUCUGUGCUCCCACAAGAGAAUAACUCCAAUGGUUCAGCUGUUAAAAGUGGAACAUUUGGUUUUACCCAUCUGAUGGAUUUGUCCCCAGAAGAGGUUGCAUUUCUUGCAACUGGUACCUUCAUGGAGAGACUUCUCUUUUUCAUUAUGAGAUGGGACCGGCAAUUUUUGGAUGGAAUCUUGGACUUGCUCAUGGAAGCCGAGGAGGAGGAUUUUAGUAACAGUCAUCUUGAUAGUGGUAAAGUAAGAGCUGUUACACGAAUGCUACUGAUGCCAUCGAGAUCUGAGACUAAUUUACUUAGAAGAAAGCUUGCAACUGGUCUGGGUCAUGCUCCUUUUGAGGCUCUAGUUGUCCCUCAUCAGGAUAGGCUUCAAGCAAACACUAGGCUUGUUCAUGCUACAUACACUUUCAUCCCACGGACCAGAGCUCCCCCAAUCAAUGCCCAUUGCUCGAAUAGAAACUUUGCUUAUAAAUUGCUUGAAGAACUGCAUCACCCCUGGCUUAAGAGGUUGUUUAUUGGGUUUGCACGCACAUCUGACUAUAAUGGACCCAAAAAGCCAGAUGUUCCUCAUCAUUUGAUUCAAGAGAUUGACUCUGAAUUGCCUGUUUCAAAACCUGCUCUUCAGUUGACUUACAAGAUAUUUGGUUCAUCUCCCCCCAUGCAAAGCUUUGACCCAGCAAAAUUGCUCACAGACUCUGGGAAGCUUCAAACACUUGACAUUUUACUAAAACGCUUGAGGGCUGAAAAUCACCGAGUACUCUUGUUCGCUCAAAUGACAAAAAUGCUAAAUAUACUGGAGGACUACAUGAACUAUAGGAAAUAUAGAUAUCUCAGACUUGAUGGUUCUUCCACAAUUAUGGACCGGCGUGACAUGGUCAGAGAUUUCCAGCUUCGGAGUGAUAUCUUUGUGUUCUUGCUGAGUACCAGAGCUGGUGGACUGGGUAUUAAUUUGACUGCAGCUGACACUGUCAUUUUCUAUGAAAGUGAUUGGAACCCAACCUUGGAUUUACAGGCAAUGGAUAGGGCUCAUCGCUUGGGUCAGACCAAGGAUGUUACUGUCUACCGGUUAAUUUGUAAAGAGACAGUUGAGGAGAAGAUUUUGCAAAGAGCAAGUCAGAAAAGUACAGUGCAGCAGCUUGUGAUGACAGGUGGUCAUGUUCAGGGUGAUCUCUUGGCUCCUGAGGAUGUUGUUUCUUUACUUCUUGAUGACGCCCAGUUGGAGCAGAAACUAAGAGAUCUGCCACUUCAGAAGGAUAAACAAAAGAAAAAGCGUGGGACAAAAGGUAUAUUGCUGGAUGCAGAAGGGGAUGCAACUUUGGAAGAUUUCCCAAACAUAUCUCAGGGUAAUGGACAGGAGCCCUCUCCAGAUGCAGAGAGACCAAAAUCCAGUAGUAAAAAGAGGAAGGCUGCCACUGACAAGCAAACUCCUCCAAAGCCAAGGAAUUCUCAAAAAGCAAUGAAAAAUGUUGAUUCUUAUACGGGGAUGACUGAUCCCAACUCGAUGGCAAUGGACUAUGAGUUGGAUGAUUCCCUUCAAAAUGAUGACAUGCAGCUACAGAAGCAUAAGAGACCGAAAAGACCAACAAAGAGUGUGAAUGAAAAUCUUGAACCAGCAUUUACCAACUCCACAGUGAUUAUAGAGCAAACACAAUACCAACCUCACCUUGAGCUUGGUCCUGGUGGCCUCAGAGCGGGAGGAAAGGAUGAUACGCCCCUGCAUACUGACUCUUUAACGUGACAGUACAUGCUAAAAAGAGAAGUUUAAUUUGAAGUACAAAAAUGGGGAGAAGACAGAGACAAGCUCACUUUGUCUGAAGAUAAGAAACCUCGCAAUCAUUUUUGCUGGUGUCAUCUUUGACUGACUCCAUCAGAACGGGGGAAGGCAACCAGAGCUGUAUGAUGUAUGGUGUACAGGUGAUAUUUUGCGGUUCUGGGGCCCAAUGGUCCAAAAAGUGUACAGUUGGGGUGGUGCUGGGUUACCGCCCGCGGCCCCUCAUCUCCUCUCUCUUCCCCUUCAUCAGCACACGUAUAUAUAUAGCCGAAUCAUGUAAAGAGUACGAAUCGCUGACUCAAUUUGUUGUAGGUUUGGAGGUUUUGCUGAAUGGGAAAAUCUCCAUUAUGGAUCUUUUCGAGCCUUUCGCGACUUUUUUUUUUCUUUUGUUCUAAUAAUACUUGAUCUUUUAGAGCCUUGGUAUGAUCUAUUCUCCUUGUACGCAUAAGCCAUUGAUAAAAGAUUUGAAGGGAUGGCUAAUUAUAAACGUCUAACUGAGUGACGCAGAAUAGUUAAUGUGUGGGUUGUAUUUGAGGAUGGGCACGGGGGUUCAUGUAUAUUUUCAUUUUAUGUCCAAAAUUUCAUUACACGUUUAAAUUUGGACCUUUUUAUUCA